CCAUGCUGUUUGUAUAUAGAUUUUAUUGGGCCUUCGCUAACAUGAUGGAGAGAGAGAGAACGGAAGUGACGAGAGACAAAGAUAUAUAUACAUGUAAGGGACAUCACUCAAGAUAACAGUAUAAAUAUAAUACUAAUACAAGAAGAGUGAAGCUGUAAAAUGGAGGAAAAAGAAAGGAAAUCAAGCACAGAGUGUGAAGCAGAGAAUAAGCUUGGAGGUUUAAUUGGUGUAGCUAGAAUUCUGGGGACAAAAGCUAAAGGUCAAGGAGCUGCAGAGGCAGGGUUAAAAAAGAAAUUAAAAGCUCAGGAUGAUGAUCUCCCCUUGGGAAGUGAAGCAAACAGCCUUAGUUGUAUCAAGAAUGCAGAGCCCAGCCACACUGAUCACAACAAAGUGUCCUGGCAAAGUUUCAGUUCAGACUUGUCUAACCACACAUCUGCCUCUAGUGCAAGCCUGGACAUGCUAUUAAAUGAAAGACAGAUGGACCCAGAAGAAAUGCUGCUACAUCUGGGCUUUGGCAUGGAGUCUCCUGCCCUCGGCCCCUCCCUAGCCAGGGUACCUGAGAGAUUUUUGCAGCACCCCACACGAGCUGCUGGCAUCAUCUUACCUGGCUACCUGGAGCAGGCUACAGAGCUGGAGGAUGUCCCACCAGCUCCAGCUGUUGAAGCAGCUCCUGCCCCAGCUGCCAAGACCAGACCAGUGGCAGAACAAUAUAAUCCAAAGGUAGAACAAUAUGUUAGUAUUGUUAGACUACCAUUAAUUGAUGAACAUGGAGAUAAAACUGGAUCAGCUCCACAUAUUGAGACCACAAGCAAAUCUAAUGAGACCACAAGCAAAUCUAAUGAGACCACAAGCAAAUCUAAUGGGACCACAAGCAAAUCUAAUGAGACCACAAGCAAAUCUAAUGAGACCACAAGCAAAUCUAAUGAGACCACAAGCAAAUCUAAUGAGACCACAAGCAAAUCUAAUGGGACCACAAGCAAAUCUAAUGAGACCACAAGCAAAUCUAAUGAGACCACAAGCAAAUCUAAUGAGACCACAAGCAAAUCUAAUGAGACCACAAGCAAAUCUAAUGGGAAGGAAAGAUUUGCCACUUGGGAGAAAUUUUCUCUAUUUAUAGCAUCAUCAGUUAGAGAUGUGAGAGAGAGAGGCGCAUCUUUCCUGAAGAACAAAUAA